AUGGAAACCGUCGCGCAAGACCUUGGUGGUGGGAGAAAAUUACCGCGCGGAUGGCGAUCCUCGAGAACUUUCGUUAUCUGUGUGGUUUGUUUUGCUGGGAUGACGGACAUGCUACUCUACGGAUUGAUUGUGCCUAUUGUCCCGACAGCUCUCCAUGAGAGAGUCAAGUUAUCUCAGGGAGAGGAGCAACGGUGGACGUCAAUUCUUCUCGCGCUACACGGGGCAGCAAUGACCAUAGUGUCUCCCAUAUGCGGAUAUCUUGCAGACCGCACCCAGUCACGUCGGUGGCCGUUCCUCAUAGGGCUUGCGAUCUUGGUAGUCGCCACCGCGCUACUCUGUAUCGGCACGAAUCUGGCUCUGUGGAUUGUGGGACGCUUACUUCAGGGCGCUGCUGGGGCGAUGGUCUGGACUGUGGGGCUCGCGCUGCUGGUGGAUCGAUUUGAGGAGGAUGCACUGGGACAAGCGCUGGGGUAUGCCGCCAUGUCCACGGUAGGGGGAACUACGGCUGGCCCCCUCUUGGGAGGCAUUCUCUAUGAACAUGGAGGUUAUUACGCCCCGUUCGGACUAGCAUUUGGCGUUCUUGUGUUGGACGCGGUUCUCCGCAUUAUGAUCGCCGAGAAUGCGCCAGAAGAGGCAACAAUGGAGCCUCUCAAGGCGGAACAUGUGCAGGUGAAAAUUGAGAAACAAGAAGCACCCGACCAAACACCAGACCAGUCUGGCAUGAAUUCUUCACCGCUGGGUUCUUGUCAACCCUCGGCACAUACGGCAGCGUUUUUCCUGCUCCGAUCUCCACGGAUGCUUCUGGCAUUGACGGUCUAUUUCUUCGUCUCGGCGGUCCUGGCAGCAUUUGACAGUGUGUUGCCACUGUUUGUCCAUGACACUUUUGGUUGGAAGCAAACGGCCCAAGGCCUCAUCUUUAUCCCCCUGAUGGCACCGCAUAUCAUCGACCCCGUCAUCGGCUCUGUGCUAGACCGGUGGCCCAAGACCCGCUACUACUUGAUUGCCGCGGCCCUCUUUUCCCUGGUGCCGCUGUUGUGCAGCCUGCGAUAUGUCACGGAGAACCUUCUCAGUCAUAAGAUCCUUCUCUGCGCAUUGCUGGCGCUCAUUGGUGCUUGCGUUGGUAUCGUCGAGACACCGGUUAUGGUCGAGGUGACCCGUCUUGCGCUUGACGCGCCAGUAGCUAGCCCCGGGGCGUUGGGCGGAAAGGCCUUGAUUGCACUGGCCUGCGGGCUGAGCAAUGGCUUUUUUGCUGCUGGAGCACUGAUGGGACCCUUUCUCGGGGGAUACAUUCGAGAUUAUGCCGGGUGGACGACUAUGUCGUGGGCUCUGGCGGUGCCGAUGGGCGUGUGUGGAGUGGUCGUCUUGGUAUUUCGUCACUGA